AGGCUCAAGGAUGAUACUCAUAGAAGUCAGUGGAACGCCAUGACCACGGACGUCCCAGAGUUGCAUUUGGCAAAAUCCUGCCGUGUCGGAGUGGAAACCAAAGUGCCGAUCGAUGCUGAUCUCGGGCACCUGGGCCAUGACCAGCAGCUGGCGGGCAAGAUCUUGAAAAAGCGCCGUGAUGAAAUGGCACGGCGCAUGCGCUUGCUUGACCCCAGACAGCGAGUUGGCGGAGUGCCUCACGAGGUGAUUCACACUCAGAUGGCCGUGAAACAAAGUGCCCUAGAUGCUGAGAAAGCCGAAGAUGCAUUCUAUGCCCAGAGUGCUGUGUUGCAGGACCAAAUCUUGCAAGCGGUUGAGAGUAUGAAGGCCACGCGUGCCAGGGAGCGGCAAAUGGAAGUGGUGGAUUACUCACUGGCAAACUUGCGAAAGGAACAGCGCCGGGAGUAUGAACUUAGUGAUCCCAACGCCCUCAAGAAGUAUGUCCUGCCAGAUCCUGAUGAUCCAGCAAAUCCAUUGGGACCAAGCUCUAUGCUGAAGUUUUCUAGCCAGAGCCAACAAAGUGCAGAGAAGAAAAAGCAAGGCCAAGAAGAACUUUCGACCUGGCUGGCGGCACAGGUGCAGGAGAAGAAAGAUCGUCUUGCAUAUGAGCAAGAAUUUGAUCGCAUUCACGACGAGCGAGCUAUGCUGUCAGCGCGCGUCCGUGCAGUUUGUGAAGAUACGGAGAUGCAGGAGCAGCAGGACGCAAAGUGUGAAGAAGCAGCAGAGAAUGCGCGAUUGGCCAAGCUGGUGCUGGAACAGCGGAAGGCCAAAAAAGAAGCUGAUGAUGCAUGGAAGCAGCGCCACAUAGAGACAGUCAUGAACUCCGAGAGGAUGAACGAAUCGGUGGAUUCCAAAGUGGGCUUCACUGGAAGGCUGUUGAAGGCUGAGUACAAAAGGCUGUCCCUUGAACAGGAGCAGGCACGACCUGGAUUCUCUGGAUCCUAUCCCGGGCACUGCCUGUUGUUUUUCAUGUUUGAGACGAGAGUUGCUGCGCUGAGACGCACUUGCAGUCACUGGCAGGAUGUCUACAAUUCCAAUGCGAGACAACUGAUUGACAAGCUGUCCACGAAGCAAGCCCACAAAGAGGAGGAGGCUGCUGAAGCCUCCAGAAUCAAUUGCUCUGUUGCAGUGCUAGGUGCACUUGAAGAAGAGCGCGUUCGACAGCAGCAGGAGCGAAGAAUGAGGAUCAUUGAAGAGAACAAAAGGCUUGCAGCAGCAAAGCGGGAAGCUGACAAGGAGGAGAGGAAAGAGUACUUCAAGUAUGACCCGUGACCAGAGGAUUGGCAUUGCGUACUUGGCACCCACUGAAUCGCAACAUGAUUUGGGCUGUGCCAUGGCCGGCACAUGUAGAAUUUCUGAUUCAUGCGCUCGCUUGCCAGUUUCACAAUCAAGCGGACAAAUUGUGUUCCUCGCAAAUGCGAGGUCUGACUUUGUUCAUAUGGAUGUUUCUCAUCAAGCAUAUUCUAGUAUAUUCUAGUAUUCUAUCGUCAGUUUCCCGUGAGCUUCCAUUCUUAAGCUCUCAAUGUGCGGCUCGCAGCCAGUUGGUCCAAUUGGCACCUGGUUUCACAAUUGCUACAUGCUCCCAGAGAGCUGGUGUGACUGACGGCAAUGAAAAAGA